AUGCUGCAGCAGACCCGCGUCGCCGUCGUCAUAGACUACUGGAACCGCUGGACCGCCAAAUGGCCCACCAUCCAGGACCUCGCGGCCGCCGAGCCCGACCACGUCCUCUCGGCCUGGCGCGGCCUGGGCUACUACAGCCGCGCCACCCGCAUCCACGAGGCCGCCCGCCUUGUCGUCGCAGACGACGAGAUGCAGGGCCUGCUGCCCCAAGACGUGGCCGAGCUCGAGAGCAAGGUCCCCGGCGUCGGACGCUACACCGCCGGCGCCAUCUCGGCCAUCGUCUUCGGCCACGCCGCGCCCAUGGUCGAUGGCAACGUGCUGCGCGUGCUGAGUCGACAGCUCGGCGUCUUUGGCAACGUCAAGACGGACAAGACCACCAUCGACAUGCUGUGGGCUGCCGCCGAUGCCCUCGUCAAGGCGGUCGCCAGCGAUGGCGACACCGGCGGCAGCAGCCGUGACGAUCAGCCCCCUGUGAGCGAUCGGCCGGGGCGGUGGGGACAGGCGCUGAUGGAGCUGGGCAGCACCAUUUGCACCCCCAAGCCGGACUGCGCGCAGUGUCCCAUCACGGCGAGCUGUCGCGCGUAUGCAGAGGGCCUGGCGCUCGCAGACCAGUCCAAGGCCGCUCGUGUGCCGGACAUCGAAGACCCGUGUACAUUGUGUGCGUCGUUUGCCGAUUCAGAGGCCGAGCCUGCCGUGGCAGAGAAGUCGGUCAAGAAAGGGGCAAAGCAAGGGACUCUGUCUGCCUUCUUCAACUCGUCGUCCACAAAAGCCAAGAGCGCUCCGAACAUCGACUCGAAACCGACGCAACGCCAGAUGGAGACCAUUGUUGAGCAUGCCCGCAAGUUUCCUCUCAAAGUGGUCAAGAAGGCCGUGCGCGAGGAAGACACCCUCGUCUGCGCCAUACGCCGAGCUGAUGGUUGCUUCUUGCUGCAUAAGCGGCCUGAAAAGGGGCUUCUGGCCGGGUUGUGGGAGCUGCCUUCGAAAAUCCUUCCCGACGGAGCUCAGACUCCGAGCGCGCGUGUCAAGAUGGCCAAAAUGCACGUCGCCAGCCUCCUGGGCAAGCAGGCGAGCCUCAAGCAUGCAGGCGAACUGGGUACUGUGCCCUGGCUGUUCUCGCAUCUGAAGCUGACGAUGCAUGUCCAUCUUUUUGAGUUGGCUGGUCCUGACCCGACUUCCGGUGGUGAGCGUUGGGCGACAAGUGACGAGGUCGAAGCCGAGUCGAUGGGGACAGGCAUGCGCAAGUGCUGGGCUCUGGUUCAAGACCACGACGUUUGA